CGCUCCGACCAACCGCCUGUGCGGGUGACCGAGGGGCGGGGGCGAGCAUUGGGCUCGUGAACGCGCCUCCAAAAGUGUCAGUGAGAGCAACGAGGAGGAGUAAACACACGCAACUCACUAUCGCAGCUGAGCACCUGAUCAAACUUCAGAGGAGGAAAACGGCGUGCCAGCGAGCAGGAUGUCCCAGCGGGAGGUGAACGGGGUGCAGAGCCGGGGCAGGGUGCUGACUCUGGACACCAUGAACCCCAACGUGAGGCGGGUGGAGUACGCGGUGCGCGGCCCCAUGGUGCAGCGGGCGGUGCAGAUAGAGAAGGAGCUGCGAGAGGGAGUCAAGAAACCGUUCACAGAGGUCAUCAAGGCGAACAUCGGUGACGCCCACGCCAUGGGCCAGAGGCCAAUCACGUUCUUCAGACAGGUGUUGGCUCUGUGUUCGUACCCUGAACUGCUGGAGGACAACAAGUUUCCAGAGGACGCCAAGAAGAGAGCCCGUCGUAUCCUGGACGCAUGCGGGGGCCACAGUAUAGGGGCCUACAGCGCCAGCCAGGGAAUCGAGUGCAUCCGCCAGGAUGUGUCGCAGUACAUAGAGAAGAGAGACGGGGGCAUCCCCUCCAACCCGGACAACAUCUACCUCUCCACCGGGGCCAGCGAUGCUAUCGUGACCAUGUUGAAGUUGCUGGUGUGCGGCGAGGGCCGCGACCGUACAGGAGUCAUGAUCUCCAUCCCUCAGUACCCUCUGUACUCGGCCGCCCUGGCCGACCUGGGCGCCGUCCAGGUCAACUACUACCUGGAUGAAGAGAAGUGUUGGAGUCUGGACGUAUCGGAGCUCAGGAGAUCCCUGACUGCAGCCAGGCAGCACUGCAAACCGCGCGUCCUCUGCAUCAUCAACCCUGGAAACCCCACAGGUCAGGUCCAGAGCCGGCAGUGCAUUGAAGAUGUGAUCCGGUUUGCUAAAGAGGAGCAUCUGUUCCUCAUGGCUGAUGAGGUCUACCAGGAUAACGUCUAUGCAGACGGCUGCAAGUUCCACUCCUUUAAGAAGGUCUUGUUUGAGAUGGGACCAGAGUACUCUGAGGCCGUGGAGAUGGCCUCCUUCCACUCCACCUCCAAGUGCUACAUGGGAGAGUGUGGAUUUCGAGGAGGCUACAUGGAGGUGAUCAACCUGGACCCUGAAGUGAAGGCUCAACUCACCAAGCUGGUGUCCGUGCGUCUGUGCCCCCCCGUCCCCGGACAGGCUCUCAUGGACUUGGUGGUUAACCCCCCGCGCCCCGACGAGCCGUCCCACACCACGUUCAUGAAGGAGCGAACAGCUGUCAUGGCUGAUUUGGCAGAGAAAGCCAGGCUAACGGAAGAGAUCUUCAACAAGGUACCUGGUAUCACCUGCAACCCGGUCCAGGGAGCCAUGUACACCUUCCCCCGCAUCGCUCUGUCUCAGAAGGCCAUUGACAAAGCAAAGGAGCAAGGCAUGAUUCCAGAUAUGUUCUACUGUAUGAAAUUACUGGAGGAGGAAGGAAUCUGCUUGGUUCCUGGAAGUGGCUUUGGCCAGAAAGAAGGAACCUACCACUUCAGGAUGACCAUCUUGCCCCCGGCCGACAAGCUGAAGGUGGUGCUGCACAAGAUCCGCGACUACCACCUGCGCUUCACGGCCGAGUUCUCCUAACGCUCUGCGGCCUUGGAAGCACAUCUCAGAAACCAACCCGUUCAGUGCCAGUAUCCACGUGCCUUUGUGUGACUGCAGCAUCCGUCUCUCACCUCCAAGACCUUACCUUCUAGUUCCGAUUGUUUUUUUCCCCUCUCUUGAACGAAGGACCAUGACGGUUUCCUUGUUAAACACCUGCAGAAAACAGACUUCCUGUUCCUAUGCAAGUACAGCAUGUGGACAUGUAACGCCUUUCUGUACACGAUGCACUUUUAAGUAUUCCUCGUAAGGUCUGCCAUGUUCAAAAGGAUGUUGUAAGUUAGAUUCGGUGUUAGAUCGUUCGGUCUUGCUGUCGCAGCUACAUCCCUCUCCUGUCAUGAAGAAAAUGUCCUAAUGCACACUAAAUUAACCAGAUAAAUGACUUGUUGUACUCACUUGUUGGGGAUGCGGUAGUCAUGUAAGCUCUUGUUUUUGAAAGCUUGUAUGUACCAAUCUGUAUUAGUGUUUAAUUGUCUCAAAUGUGAUUGUUUUAUGAACUGUAUGCACUUCAAGCCCUUCAAUUUGAAUAUAUUUACAAGAUAUUCUA